UCCACUCGUUUUCGGCUCUGUCUCUGCAAAUGAAAGUUUGUUACGCUACCACUCACUAUUCAAUAUAGAGUACUACUAUUAACGCCGUGCUGGAAUCAAAUCAUAUCAAAACAGCUUUCUGCGUUCCGCGUUUGUUUUCUUCUCCUCUGCUCUCACCUCUCUCUAACGAAAAUGAAGAAGGUUAAAGUUAAGAGUGAGAGUGAGAGUGAGUUGUGUCUGAACAAAGACAUUAUCUUUGAUAUUCUUUCGCGGAUUGAAGUGAAGCAUUUGUUUCGUAUGAAGCGCGUUUCAAAAGAUUGGAAGCAGAUUAUUUCAAGCCGUUCAUUCAUGAAAGCUCAACUAAAAAACGCAAAUCUCGUGUUAAACGGCUUCAUUGUUCAAGACAGGUAUAUGUUGUGCAAACACGAUAUCAAAACGGUUAGUUACAUUCCAGUGGAAACAAGAAACGGUGGUAAAGUAGUGCACCAAACUGUUUUCACUUUUCUUCCUGAACAAGUUGUUGUUUUGGCGUCGAGCAAAGGGAUUAUAUGUUGCCGUAGCUGUUUGCCUUCUCCAAAUCCAACCAGAUUAUAUCUCUGCAAUCCUUGUAAUAGAGAUUGGAUUCAAUUGGAUUGGCCUCCUCAAUGUGACAUUACAGAUAGCAUAGCACUUGCUUUUGAUUUUGAAUGUGAAUUUGAGCUAUCCAAAUUCAAAUUCAAAUUGGUUAGAGUGAAACGCAAUGAGGAGGAUGAAUCGUUCUCUUUCACAUUUGAUUUGUACUCACUAGCGACAAAAGAUUGGAGGAAAUCAACUGAGAUAUGCUACUGCAACAGCGAUUUGAUUAAAAACAAAGGCAUAUACAUUGGAGUUCCAUCUGUUGAGUUUAGAUCGGUUCCUGAAGCUUACACACCGCACUCCACUCGUUUUCGGCUCUGUCUCUGCAAAUGA